GCCUCCCUGUACGUAAUACCAACACCUGACCUUGGAACUGAUAAGGCCCUUCCCAAAACAUUUACUUUCACACCCUCAGCAGCCAACUUUGGAACCUAUCAUUGCCCCUAUGGGGCAGAGGCACACACAGGGGAAGAUGUGCCCAGGGCACUGGCUGCCCACAUGAGAGUCCACAUCUGCUUGCAAAAGCUUACCCUCCCUCUGGCCAGGGGUACUCUGAGCAGUGGCCUCAUCUCUGCUUUGACGGAGGUGAGGAGGCUCCAGACUGGCGGGAAGGCUCAGCCUUGAGAUUGUGCUAGAGACACAACAAGGGGUGGGCACCCCAAAGGCGGGGCAAAGCAGGGGCUCUUGAGCUCAGAGCCCCUAGCCUUGCAUUCCCCGUGCCCCCUCCACCCGCACAAGUCUCCCCAUGGACCGCACUGUGGUGCUCAUCACCGGCUGCUCCUCCGGCAUUGGCCUGCACCUGGCCCUGCGUCUGGCCUCCGACCCCUCCAGGAGCUUCAAAGUGUAUGCCACACUGCGGGACCUGAGGGCGCAGGGCCCCCUGUGGGAGGCAGCCCAGUCCCGAGGGUGCCCUCCUGGCUCCCUGGAGACAUUGCAGCUGGACGUGAGGGAUGCAGAUUCCGUGGCCGCUGCCCGGGCACGCGUGACCGAGGGCCGCGUGGACGUGCUGGUGUGUAAUGCGGGCCAGGGCUUACUCGGGCCGCUGGAGGGGCAUGAGGCUGGUGCCAUUAGGUCUGUGCUGGACGUGAACGUGGCAGGGAUGGUGCGGAUGCUGCAGGCCUUCCUGCCGGACAUGAAGCGCCGCCGCUCGGGACGCGUCUUGGUGACAGGGAGCUUGGGCGGCUUGAUGGGGCUGCCAUUCAACGCCGUUUACUGCGCCAGCAAGUUCGCGAUCGAAGGUCUGUGCGAGAGUUUGGCAGUUCUGCUGCCGCCCUUCGGGGUCCACGUGAGCCUCAUCGAGUGCGGCCCGGUGCGCACCGCCUUCCAGGAGAAGCUGGAGGGCGGCCUGGGGGAAGCGCUGAACGGCGCGGACGCCGAGACCCGCGACCUCUUCUCCCGCUACCAGCGCCAUUUGGAGCGGAUCUUACGCGAGGCGGCGCAGGACCCAGAGGAGGUGACCGAGGUAGACACUGGGCGCGCCCCCGGGAACAGAGACGACGCGUCGGUGGGGGGGGGGGGCAGCCCCGGCCACGCGCCUCCUCCCGCCGCCGCAGGUCUUCCUCGCCGCGCUGCGCGACCCCCGCCCAGCGCUGCGCUACUUCAGCACGGAGCGCUUCCUGCCUCUGGUGCGCACGCGCCUGGCCGACCCCAGCGGCCGCAGCUACGUCGCCGCCAUGCACCGCGUCGUGUUCUCUGACGAGCAGGCCGAGGAGUCCGCCGCGGACCUGGGCGGCCCCGCGCUCGGCACGCGUCCCGCCGCCCCGCAAUAAAGGCUUGGGCCGCCGCUGUCUGCCGCGCUCUCCUUUGCGACCCCAAGGGCGUGUGUGCGACAGGCGGCGCUUACAGCGCGGGGGGGGCGAUCUGGAAAGACCGUGGCUAGCCGGGGUAACACCAACGCGGAGGCCGAGGCCCAGAAAGAGGAAGGAACUAGCCCACCGAAGGGCAGGGCCGACAGUGGUCCCUGGAUUCCCGCGGGGUGUCUGCAGCAGGGGUGAGGCGGACCUGGAUAGGGGGAGAAAUGGUUUGUGAUUUGGGCCGCACUAGUCAUGAGACUUAAGGCAAGGGCCUUAUCCUUUCUUAGUCUGUCCUCUUACCUGUAAAAUGGGUAUAAAACCUAUGUCAUGGAUUGUA